AUGACCCUUCGGAAAUCUUUCUUUAACGUUGAGAUCGGAAUCAAGUCCGAAAAUGACUCCUCUUCUUCACCUCUCCCCUCUUCAUUUAACCAGGGCUCGCCAACAUGGUUUUCGAUAGCAUCGUUUUUCAGGAGUACUGAGAAUCGAACCGCUUUGCUUUCAUACUGCUUACGCGCGAUGUGGUGUUUUCGAAUAACGGCGUUUGCGGCCGUGAUGUUUGGUGAGAAGGUUCUGUGUCGAGCGGUGCAUGAUGGAGCAUCAACGUCUAUUGUCUCGACCAAAUCACCAUCUUCUACCAACUCCAUUCAUACAGUAUCAUUUACAACAACAUCAAUAUCACCGUCAUCAUCAUCAUCAUCAUCAUCAUCAUCUACGCCAUCUUCCAUCUCUUCUUCACCAUCGACAUUUAUAACCUCCCCUAUUUCGCCAUCAUCAUCGUCGUCAUCAUCAUUAUCAUUAUCAUAUUCUCCUACUACUCAAGCUCAGCCACAAGUAACGGCCUCUAAUUCAUCAUCUCCUAUUCCUACAACGCUUUCAGACACUAAAGGAGAAGAAACGACUACACAUCCACCUACAACACAGCCCACCUCAGUAAAUACUACAGCGCAAAUCGUGGCCAUCGCCAUAGGAAGCUCCGCCAUCGUCGGCGUCGUCGCCGCCUUCUUCUUCUUCGCCGGCCGCCGCAGCAAUCGCCGCUCCUCCAUGCACAAUGUUGCCCCGAACCUUGGAUCCUUCAGGACAAAGCUCGACAAACGCUGGAGGAAGAAUUCAAGUCAGAAUGUGCAUUCGGGACAUGCUACAGCAGCGCCCGCGGAGUUUGGGACUGUGGCAGAGGUGCGAGAGGUUUCUUUGCCUCCUGAGCGGCCAAUCAACAAUGAGCCUUACUUUUAUCACCCCGUGACGGUGGCGAGCUCUCUUGCCAGAGAGUUGGACGGUAGCAGCAUCAUAUCAUACAAUCCGCCACCUGCAGCUCGGUUGCAACCUCAACGAAAUACAGUUCUUCCUAUUGAGUUGCCUGCCUCGUAUGACCCAGGAAACUCGCCGCUACCAGAAUACGAGGAGCUCGAUGCUGCGAGGCGGCGUCAGAUAUUUUCUUGGGCAGCAGCGCCGGAGGCGACAUAUCAUCCGGAUAAGUUUGCACCGAGUAAUAUGAUUUGA